GGCAUAAGCUCAAGAGCGGUGGAACAUUACCUGAAGAUGCAGAAGCCGUGUCCAUCGCACACAGGGGAAAUGGUGACUGAGCUCGUCAACUUUGGGGGGAAAGUGCUGCCGGGUGAUAAGAAUAUGGGGUACUUGCUGAAGAAUUACAGGCAGCUGCAUGGGAUUCCGGAAGGGGCGGUCCAUCAGACGGAGAAGGCCGACGAGGUGGUUAAAGUUCCCGCAUACGUUGAGCCACAGCCACAACCCAGUGCGGGCAGGGCUGCUCCACCAUGUGAUGCAGGGGAUUUGCACAAGGAGAAUGCUUUGGAGGCGGCGGGGGGUGAGGCGUCGGGGUCGAACACACGGCAGUCCUCGUUGCAGCAGUCAACAAUAAGGAGGUGGUUGGACAACGAUGCGCAGAAGAAACUGGACAUUGCAUGGGCGGAGGCCAUGUUUCGUGCUGGGAUCCCGUUCAACUUCCUGAACUUCGAAACCACCCAGAAACUCCACGAAGUGUACCUGCAGGUGGCAAAGUCAAGACCGAAAGUGAAACUGCCGUCCUUCAAGCACAUGAGGACCGUCAUGUUGGACAUUGUGUACAUGCGAGUCCUUCUCUUACGCGACCUCAGCAAACUCGCUUGGGUGAAGCACACCAUUAAGAGGGGCCACACAAUCGUGAAGUUCAUCAGAAAUCACCACAGCACACACAGUCUGGUGAUGACAGUGGACGAUUCGCUGUCUCUUCUUCGGCCCACGGAGGUGCGCUUUGAGUCAGUCUACCAAAUGUUGGAGAGGAUAUACGACAAGAGGGUGGUGUUGAAGGACAUGGUUCAUGGUCGGAAUGCAGUAAAGUGGAAUGCGAUCCGAUGGUCCACGUCGAAGUUGAGGGCCAGAUCGGAUCUGGUGUACUUCACAUUGAGGAGUGAUGAGUGGUGGACGGGGUUGAACAAGGUGGUUGAGGUGAUGGAGCCCAUGUUCGGCCUCUUGAGGCGGAUGGAUCACGACGGUACCGGUCCCACAAACCUCGUCGAGUAUGACGACAUAAUAGCGAGGAAGCUUGGCCAUGUUGUUCUUACGGUGGAGCAGCGGGCGAGCGUGAUGGAGAAAGUCAGAGAUCGCAUGAAGAUGAUGCGGCAGCCCAUCCACGCAGCAGCCUUUCUUUUGGACCCGCGCAGGAGAGAACCGAGGUGGUUGCAUGACCAAGACAGUGCGCUUGAGCAGAAUGCCAUGCGCUUUCUCACGGGAGGGUUGGAGGUGAAUGGAAAGGGCAAGCGCACCUUGACAUUUGGAGCGGAUGUUGACAAGAAGACACCGUCAGAAUGGUGGGCAGCACACGGUGGCGACGUGCCCAAAUUGCAGAAGAUUGUGAUCAAGGUUAUGGGCAUGUGGAGCACCGCAUCACCAACGGAGAGGAAUUGGGCUUCCAUGGACUUCAUCCAUUCCAAACGGAGGAACAAGUUGUCGCCAGAAAGCUUGGAGAAGCUAGUGUACAUACACUGGAACAUGCAGCUACUGCGUGUUUCAGAGACUAAGAACAGCGGAUUUGUGGACUUGUCGUGUGACUUCGUCCAGCCCACCCCGGAGCCUGAAGAGAACGAUGGAUCAGUGUCGAAGGGGUCCAGGGAUGAGGCUGAGAAGACAGAGGAGGAGCUUGUACCGGAACGGAGGCUCACAAAGACUCCGAAGGGAAGGGUUCCAAAAAAUCUCGAGGACAAGGACGAAGAGCUCACGGAUGACAGUGAUUUGGAUGACGAGCUGUGGAAGGGGAAGUGCGGGUUGUCGGAGGACUCAAGUGGCAACGAAGAGGACGACGGCGAUGACUCCGAUUUCGAGCUACGAUCGGAGCCGUCCGUCCCAGGCACGACAUACGUCGGAAAGAGGCGGAUCAGACGACAAUGCAGAGAAGAGCCACGCCCGGCAGCGACGGAGCCCGGGGUAAGGGAAACUACACUGUACAAUCCGCAAUCUGAUGUCGAGUUCGCACGGCUAGACACGGAUGUAGAGAUAUUGCUGGAAACGAGGGUGGACGAAGAUGAGGAGGAUGCGAACCGUGCCAAGGCUAUGGCUGACCGGGAGACCGAACUUGUCAACAAACGUAUGAUGGAAGAGGAGGCCCGCCGCGCAGCUAUCCCGACCCGGAGAGAGAUCGAGAGAGGUCUCAAACAAGCCAGGGAGCACCAACAGCAGAUCAAUCGGUCAUUGGAGGUUGUGGAAGAAGGAGAAGAGGAGGAGGAGGAGCACCAGGCUGAGGUGGGAGAUUGCAUGGAACAGGAAGAAGAGGCGGAGGGCAUGAUGCAACCACAGGAGGGAGAGGAGAUGGAGCACCAAGAAGAAGAGGAAGGCACGGUGCAAGGCGGGGAGGAAGAGCAAAUGCCGCAGGAAGAGGAGGGGGAAGGAUUGGCGCAGCAGAAGAUGCAGCACGGCGAGGUCGAUACAGCCCGUGAAGACGAGCGCCAUCCCACAACGAUAGCAGUCUACACACGCAGGCCCAGGCCAGCACAGUUUUCGGAGUCCGAGGAGAAGAUACCGGAAUUCCCCGCAAUGAGGGAGGUUGUCCAGCAUGACAACCUGUGGGUGAGCCGAGUGGGCAGGAAGAGAAAGGAGCCAUCACAGGACGCUCCUGCACAGCCGAAACGUCCUCGUGGCAGACCGUGAAAGCAGAAGACCGACACGACCACUACACCGGCUAGAAAAAAGAAACAGCGCCUCAAGCGCAAGA